AUUUCCUCCUCCUGCUUUGCUUUUCCCACCUCCGCUGGGCUGCAGACGCAGCGGAGCCAUCGCGUCAGCCGGAACCGGUGACAGCAAGAGACAGGGCGACAUGAGAGACUGGAUUGAGCACUGCACUGGAGAGCUUCCUGGUAGGAGAAUUAACCCCCAAAGAGAGUGAAGUGAGUUUCAGGAUGGCAAAAGAGGAGCCCCCAAGCACCUCAAAGGACCUGCAGGAGCUGCAGAGGAAGCUGUCUUUGCUGAUAGAGUCCUUCCAGAAUAACCCAAAGGUGGUCGCCUUCAUGAAGUCUCCAGCAGGGCAGUACUUGGACAGGCAUCCUUUUCUGGCCCUCACCUUGCUGGUGUUCGUUGCCAUGUCGGCUGUUCCUGUGGGGUUCUUCGUGCUGCUCGUGGUGCUCACCUCCCUGGCUGCUCUCGUGGGGGUCAUGUUGCUGGAAGGACUGGUCCUCUCUGUGGGUGGCAUCUCACUGCUUUGUAUCCUCUGUGGCUUGGGCUUGGUCUCGCUCGCCGUGUCAGGGAUGAUCAUAGCGUCCUACGUGGUGGUGUCCAGCCUCAUCAGCUACUGGUGUUCUCCCAGAUUACUGACCCAGCAAAAUCCUAGUGGCGACUGUCCACUGGCCGUGAAGUCCGCAGACUUUGAGGGGCUCUACCAGGAAUGACCAGCUCAAUUGAUGGAACCAGUGCUUUUUUCCAAGCAUCUCUGAACAGCUGUUGGAUCAUACUCACCCUCGAGAUUAUGACUCAGAGUAGGGGCUGGGCAGUCAAGCACUCCUUGGACUUGUCUUUUAGCUCUUUCACUUACAGUUUGUAGGAUCCCACAGUGGCCAAUUUGGGGGUCUUGUUGCUUUUGGGUUGGUUCUCUCAUCAGACCCACCCUCACAUGGAGAAUCAGUAGAGAAGUGCGAUGGCCUGACAGCUCACCCUGCCUUUUGCUCCCACGCCCCAAGUGUGCAGACUUGACCUUGGCAGGGUCCUGGGCCUCUACAGCCCUGCCACUUGACCCCAGAGCCUCAGGGCUUGUGUCCAAGGGCUCCAUUGGGGGCAACAGUGGGUCAUUUCUGUUUUGUUUUUACAAAUGAGGAAAGCUGUUUAUUUUCUUACUUGUGAAACAAGAGGUAAAAAAAAAAAAAAAAAUCCCAAACGGAGCAAGCUCUCCUGCCUUACUCGCUUUCUAUCAGAAGGCUUGGGAAUAAUGGGCUCUUGAAGGUGGAAAAUAGAGUCUAAGCUAACUUUGUGGCCAAGAAUCUUUUUGAAAAAUUCUAAAGGUGUAGUUUCACUGUUACUAUUAUAAUAAUAAUAUAUAACAUAUAAUUAUAAUAGUACUUAACAGUACUACUGAGUGCUGUUAAGUUUUUAAAUAUUUGCACUUGCUACUUUUGUAUUGUUUUAAAGAACUUGUCAUGUUAAGCCAUUUCUUCUUCAAAAAAAAAAAAUGCUGAAGAACUACAGAGUAAAAAUAAAACAGCCUGUGGGAAAUCUACA